UCCUCCUCGCGCCAUGGGAGCGAGCUCUGAAACCUUUCUCAUUUCCCGAAUCUCGAAGUCGAGGAGCAUGGAGCAAGCUCUCGAAAAGAUCCGUCCGCACACGACAUCUGCAUUAGCUCACCAGAAAACUCCCGCGACACUGCUUGUCGCGCUCGAAUCGACCCUCCGAGAACACAAAACUGAGCCAUCUCCUACCGCUUAUUUCGCCGCGCUCUUAACUACACUCGAUGGGACUUUGCAGAAGAACGAUGUCGGGUUGGAGGACAGUGCGAUAUUGCCUGCGGAACUCUACCUGUUAGCUCUUGUAGCACCGUUCGUACCACCCGCAGUCGUGCGAUCAAAUCUGGAAACGAUCCUCUCUCUGACUGCACCACUGUUCCCUGCCCUAGCACAACAUGCACCUCCUUUACGAUCGCAACUAUCCCUCUAUCAAAUCCUUCUCCAGACACUCGAUCGGUCACAGCUCGACGCACAAGGCGUCCGACAGACGUUCGCCUCCAUUCUCCAGUUGUGUGUCGAUCCGCGACCGAAAGUGCGCAAAAAGGCGGCUGAGAUCGUCAGAGAUGUACUUGCGCAUCCGCCAGCACCUCUCUCUAGGCAUCCGUAUGCGGAACGUGUGGCAGAGUGGGUCAAGUCGGCGUUGGCGGAAGUUAGUUCGGGGCCAUUCGCACGAUCUAAGUCUGCUGCAGCACCUGUCGCCGCUGACUCGGCUAUUCACGUUCUUGCGCUACUCCGGCCUCUAUUAUCACACCUUCCCCCAUCUGCUCUGCCCCCGCUCACAAACCUGCUCCUGAGCCUACCACGACUUGGCAACUCGUAUCUGUCCCAAUCAUCCUACUCCCUCCUCGCCGAGAUCUUCUCCCUGCCUGUUGAUGAUGAAUCAACCGACACCGCAGAUCAGAUUUCCUCGGUUCUCCAGGCCGUGCUUUCCUCUCCUCCCUCCAAAGCCGACACGACCCUCGCACCCGCCUGGACACAGGUGCUCGGCACCGCCAUGUUCUGCUAUCACUCGACGAAUCCAGAAGCUGCUACCAACGAACUGGGACGGGUAUGGAAAGCUGUCUGGCCGUUCCUCGAGUCCAACGACGGAGCCACCAAGAAAGCUGCUGCUGAAUCUCUUGCCUCGCUGACCAGCUGUAUCACGGUCGAGAUGGUGCAGUCGACCUUGGCUGAGACGGGCGAGACUCGUUCGACCACCGUGGGAAAGAUCGUACAGCAGAUCAGCAAGGCGCUCGAUUCACUUCCGUAUGCUGGCGCCAUCCCCCAACUUUUGUCUGUUGUCUCUGCUCUGAUCGUCAGUCUACGGUUCAAAGUAGGAGGCACUGGCAACAGUGCUACAGAGGCGUUACUCUUGCCCUUGAUCCAGCACAUCGGAGAUCUGAGAGUGCAGAAAGGAUUCGAGCACAAGGAGGAUGCAGAUGCCACGCUGGGAGCGGCCGUACGAGUACUAGGUCCCCAUGUCUUGCUCGAAGUCCUGCCCCUGAACCUCGAACCAGCAGACAGAACCGCCUCGAAAGAGCCCCGGGCGUACUUGCUUCCCCUCCUCGCCCAGCCACACCCGUCUCCGCUUUCACACUUCGUCGGCUACUUUGUGCCCUUGAGCGAGCGGAUGUUUGGUUUGCAGCAGGAAGCGGAGGGCGAAGGACGACAGGCUCAGGUCAAACUAUGGAGCGUGCUCAUCGGCCAAAUCUGGACUGGGUUGGUGGGAUACUGCUGGGGGACCCCCGAUCUCGCCCAAUCCCUCAAUCCGAGCUUUGCAUCGCUGUUGUCCAACCUGCUUUAUGGCCAGGAAGAACUGCGACCCUCUGUUCUGCGCGCUCUCAAGGUCCUCGUCGAGUCCAAUAUUGCGAUCGCUGCUUCGGACGAUGCAUCCGAGACAGCUCCGACAAAUCCGAGCAAUCUGACCCCAGCUCAAGCACAAGCCAAUUUGGAGCAUCUGCGCACGCAGGCAGAAAGCUGGAUGGCUGUAUUGUUCAACGUCUUCAGUACUGUGCCUCGGGACAACCGCAACUCCGUGGGCGACGUGAUCUCGGCUUGGGCUGGCGUGGCUGGGGAGAAGGAAGUUGCAAAAGCACAGUCUAAGCUGGUUCAGCUGCUGAAAACCCAUUUGGUUGCCCUGUCGAAACAGACUCACUCCAGCUCGAUUGAGGGAGGAAGCGAGGCGGCCGUCACCCAGGACCUGAUUCUUCUCCUGCUUCCGAGUCUCUCCACUGCGGACGCGCAACAACUUUUCGACCUUUGCCUGAGUGCGCAGGUGCUCGGUGCCCGAGACAACGGCGUUCAGAAGCGCGGAUACAAGAUUCUUGCCAGACUGGUCGAGACCGGGAAAGUGGAUGUAUCCCAGGAUGGGCGGGCAGAGGUCGUGCUCAAGAAGAUUGACGAACUUGAAGAGGGUCUUGCCUCCGCUGCGAAGAAGGACCGGUUUACGUUGCUGACGCUUCUCAUUCCGUUGCUCCCUCCGACUGCCAUGCACAUCAUCCCCACCCUUAUCCCUGAAGCCGUGCUGGGCACCAAGGAGCCCUCAGAGAAGGCACGCACAGCGGCGUUCGACUUGAUCGUGGCAAUGGGCCGGAAGAUGAGCCAGGGUGGUGUCGUGAAACGCAACCUCGUGGACGGAAUGGAUCAGGACUCGGCUGAAGAUACAACCGCCGACAUCCAAGAGUUCAUGACUAUGGUCGCCGGUGGAUUGGCUGGUGCGACACCUCACAUGAUCAGUGCAACCGUGACUGCCGUGUCCCGACUUGUGUUCGAGUUCAAAGACUUGAUUCCACCCGCCAUGCACUCCGAGAUCCUGUCCACUUUGCUUGUGUUUUUGUCGUCUGCCAACCGCGAGAUCAUCAAAUCCACGCUAGGAUUCGUGAAGCUGUCCAUCCAUACUCUCCCUGCCGAUAUCGUUCGGCCUCAUCUGGCUGCUCUUGUGCCAGCACUCCUGGGCUGGUCGCACGACCAUAAGAAUCACUUUAAGGCCAAAGUCCGACAUAUCUUCGAACGCUUGUUGAGGCGAUUUACCUGGGACGAAGUUUAUGGCUGCGCGGGCGAAGACGAGGCCAGGAAAGUCCUGGUGAACAUCAAAAAGCGCAAAGAGAGAGCCAAGAGGAAAAAAGCUGGGAAGGAGGAGGAGGAUGAGGAUGCACCAGCAGCGACGAAACCCGUUUCUGGUGAUGCCUUCGAGGAUGUUUUGUACGGCAGCGAGAGUGAGCUGGACGACAGUGAUGAAGAAGAGCCUCAGCCGCGUCGGGGACAGCAGGACAAGAGGAAGGCAGCACAAAACAACAUUCGGCUGCGUGUUGAUGAUGACGAGCCGAUGGAUCUUCUGCAGGGCGCAGCGUCGAGGGUUACUCAAGGAUCCUCUAACCGGCGCAAGAAACCCGGUGAUGACGCCGCCCGCUUCAAAACGGACACGGACACAGGCAAGAUGAUCAUCGAUGGCGAGGAGGACGAGCAAGAGGACCAUGCACAAGAGGACGUGGUGGGAACCGCUUACCAAGAAAAUCUGACGUCCGUGGACGGCUUUACCCGCGGCGCCAACGGCCGAGUCAAGUUCAACAAGGACACCAAGAAACGGAGAAGAGAGAACGACGAGGCUGAGGGUGAUGUCGAAAUGGACGACGCCCAGGACAAGGGCAAAAAGGCCAAGCACAAGGGAGACCCCAAGUUUGGCCACGAAUUCAAAGCCAAAAAAGCAGGCGGUGAUCUCAAGAAGGGGGGUGUGGAUCCUUAUGCAUACAUGACUUUAUCCCAAGCCGCGAAGAAACGGGGUCAUGGAAAACACUCUAAGAUGGGCAUUGCCGGGAAAAAGUAGAUCUCCUCGGUCAUAUCUGUACUCGUAGCCUCAUGACUUUGGAUUUCGGUUCACAUUGCAUGGCAUCGGUCGAGACUGAUCGAUGUCUAGUAAAACUGGUGUAACAAUACUUUAUCCACUCGAGCUCAUGUACCAAUCGCUCUGCUCGUCUGGUCUGAUAACCAGCGAUGACAAUCCACAUACGACCGCUAUCCUUCGGUCAAUCGCGAGCGCGCUGGAGUUAGAGAUCUGACGAAAAUCAGAUGCCAGUCGCUGACAAACAUUUUCGGAUCGGAGUCUCUUCGGCCCGUGCGAGGUCCUUCCCCGCAUCUGCUUCCUCUCGACCACCAUGUCUUUUGAAGGCCUCAUUUCUGGUGCCGAAUGCGCUGUGCCAUUCAACCCUCUCUCUCAGGUCUUAAAGCACACCGAAGGCGAUCGGAGUCUCCAACAGGAUCGGAUCGCGGGUCCUUCCUCCUCGCGACUGCACCAACUCCCGGGGACGACUACCGCGGGUGCAAGCCAGAAUGAUCUCGCCAUGGCGCGUCAAUUCUUCGAGUCCGCGCCCCUCGGAGGCACGGCCUUCGGAGCGCCCAAUCCUAUGGAGCUGGCAGCCCAUCUGCAGCAACAAAACCCGCAACAUAUGACCCCGGCCAACGAGCGGUGGGUCAUGGAGCAACAGCAGCAGAUGCGCGCGUUCGAGUCGUCCGGGUGGGCCUCGGAGUUCGGCACUGGCGUACAGACGACCCCAGGGGGCUCACUCGUCCAGCAGCACAAUUUAUCACGUCCAGACUUCCAGCCCCAGCAGACUUCCUAUAUGUCCUCCUUCUCGCAAUACAGGUCUCCGAUGGGAAUGGACAUGGGAAUGUACAAUGGUUCUGGCAUGAUGCAUUCGAUGCCGGUCCAGCUCGACAACAAGGGCAAGAGUCGGGAAGCCGACUUUGAGGCUGCGUUUGCUCAGGUGCUGGCCGCUCAUGCGGAGGAGAAACAGCAAUCUAGUCGCAUAGAGGAGAUACCUGAAGGUGAGACUGGGCUGGAGGAAGCCAUGGACAAAGCGAGACUGGAGACUGGGGAAGAGACCACAGACUUCAAGCGGGUAUGGGAUCAGUUGCAGAACUCGGACCUCCCUCCACCUGCUGAGGACAUGGCUAAAUGGGAGGCCCAAUUCAACCAGCUGAUGACUUCUGAGCGGGACGAUCUAGAUGCUGAUUACGGGGCUGCCAUGAAGAACGCUUGGGAAAGCGGCUUGGGAGAUUUUUCUGAAGAUCACACCGAAUACAGUCCGACCAAAUUCGAUCAGUCCGGGAUCCCUCUCCUUCCGGCAUACGUGUUCGAGGAAGAAAAUAAAUACCUCGCGGCGGACGCGCCCGUAAAAUCCCAUUUAAGCGAAGCCAAAGCUCUGCUUGAGCAGAAUGGCUCGCUUACCGAGGCAGCGUUGUUGCUCGAAGCUGCGAUUCAGAAGGGGGAAACGGGUGAGGGUGGUUAUGAAGCCUGGAUUCUUCUGGGAGAAACGAGAAACAUGGAUGAACGAGAAGAAGCCGGGAUGCGGGCACUCAGUCAAGGCGUGAAGCUCGCGCAAGAAGCGGGAACGCCUGGGUUGGGGAUGCUUUCGCUUGCGAUCUCGUAUACAAACGAGUCGAUGGAUCGGGCCUCGCACACGAUGCUUCUCCGCUGGAUUCUCGCUCGGUUCCCCAGUCACCCUGUGCCCCCAGAAACGUUGACUGCGAUAUCCAGCAACGCGUCGUGGGACACUCACGCGCGGCUGACCGAGGUGUUUUUGUCGCUAGCGCGUGACCAGCACAGCCGUGGGGAGAUGGACCCGGAUGUGCAGAUCGCGCUGGGGAUAUUGUUCUACACGAACAGCGAAUAUGACCGGGCCAAGGACUGCUUCGAAAGCGCAUUAUCGGCACGACCCAAGGACUUUGUGCUGUGGAAUCGAUUCGGCUCUUGUCUGUCGAACGGCAACCACCCAGAAGAAGCGCUGGGCGCGUAUCGCGAAGCUCUCGAGCUCCGCCCAACAUACACCCGUGCGAUUUACAACGUCGGGGUCGCUUGCCUGAACAUCGGAGCCCACAAGGAAGCGGCCGAGCACUUUAUGAGCGCCCUGAAUAUGCAGCAUAUGAACGGGGGUGGCGACACCAGCGAGCAGCUCUGGUUCACCCUCCGCCGUGCAUUCCUGGCUAUGGAUCGGACAGAUUUGGCUAAUCUCACCCAGCCUGGCCCAGCGCGUGGCGACAUGCAGGUCUUCCGUGCCGAAGGUUUCGACUUUUAGCGGUGUGAUCAGGCAUGUAACUAUCUACAUAGACCAAUAUAUCAAGUGAGUCAGACAUGAGUCGACGGUCACUCGAAUGCUUUCAUGCAUAUCAUUGUUCCACAUCGGGACCUGCGCGGAGACGCAAGAAUUGAACCGCCCCUGUCGUUCAUAGGCCAACCUUAAAUAACUUGAGCCCGGCAUUCCUGACAAUUCAAGCGACCUGUACAUGUCUUCCCAUCUCUCCACCCUCCCCCUCGCCAGUGAUACCACCGCUGUCUCCGAUCAAACUCCUGACGAGUACGAGAGGACAAGCUAUUAUAACGGCAUCACUGGGGAUGACGACCAUCCAUAUCUCAUCUACCGUUCGGACUACCUCACCACACCCUUUCCCAGGCCCGUCGGCAGACACACACAUCUCUCUGUCAAGUCCCUCCGGGGAGUCUUUGGCACCCCGCUGAAUGGUGUCUGGGACACUGUUGGUCCCCAAAUCCGUGAUCUGAUCAAGGCCCACCACAUCCGCUGGACGUCCAUCAACCCUGCCUGCUUUUUCACUCAUGGACCGCUGGAAGACAGGGCCAAGGGCAGUCUCGGUCCUGUUGUCAUCUGGAUUGGUGUCGCUCCUUAUUUUUUAUUAAAUCAUUUUUAUUUUUCCCCUUUCGUCGUGGUCGACAUGGUAGGGACAUUGCGUACACGAGAUGUAAGUAGGUAUUAGGCAUCGUCCGUGGGUAUGUGUCUAUGUCAUAAGCCGUGGCGCGCGGGCAAGCUCGACACGCCCUAGCGUGUGCACGCUAUGGUGGACCAAGGUCCUGCUCUGGUGUAGUGAGCGGUGAUAAAUAUAAAAUUACAGUACCUGGGCUGCUGCAAUGCUAUGGUCGUUAGGCAGUGUUGGUGGGCUCGUGCACAUCGGGGAGGUCUCCGAAUACGGUCUGGAAUCGGCGGGUGCGCAAUACAAAGCGUAAGAGGUGUGGGACAGUGUUAGGAUCGGAUAGUAGUGCUUUGAUGCUGCGAGCGUUUCGACCGACGCAUCGGUGAAGCUCGCGUCGCGCGUUGUGAUGGGCAGGGCAGCGUAGGAGAUAGUGUGCCACAGUUUCAUCGUCGCGGUUGCAGCAUGGGCAUAUGGGUGAAGCGGCGCGGCCAAUCUUGUACAGGUGCCGGGCAAGGAUGGAAUGUCCGGAUCGGAGUUGAAAUAGGACUGACACGAGUUUGCGGGGGGACUCGGAGACUAAUGCGAGGAAGCCGCCCGAAAGAGCUUUUGGGAGGACAUAUUUCGUUUUGGCGUAACGCGGUGAGGCUCUCCAUUCGCUUUGUGUCGCCGCUUUGAUUUUCGCAGUAUUGGCUUGGAUGAGGGCCGAUUUACUGAGCGGGAGCGUUCCUCGCAGGAUAUUUGGUAGUCGCAUGUCCCGUUUGGUAGUCGCGGCUGGGGUGCAUCGCUUCUGCGCGGCUCUCCUAGCGAGUUCGUCCGCACGUUCGUUCCCAUGAAUAUUGCAGUGUCCCGGCGCCCACUUGAAGGUUAUGUCAAUGUCGGGUUCGGUGCUAAGUAGGUCGUCAAUAGCAGUGUGUAGGGCAUCCCAUAUAUAGUGCGAGGGGGUCGAUUCCCGGCUCUGCGUGGCCGUGAUGGCAGCCGUGUUGUCUGCGUAGAUAGCCACCUGCCCUGUGAUGCCGUUUGACGCAUGCUCGCGCAGCAGCCCCACCGCCAGAUUGAGGCCUAGUCCUUCACCCUCGUAGACCGUAUGCUCCUCGCUGGUGCCCAAGCGCUUCCGUGCUGUUGCCAUUUCCGUGUCGCCGUCGUAUAGCACUGCAGCUGCCCCUAUAUAGCCGUCAAUUCCCGAUCCAUCCGUGUAUACCUUCCAUCUGGUGUUAUCGUCCGCCUCCCCCUUGAUAGCUUCCUCCUUCGAGCUCCGUAUCUCAAUGGCCGUGCGUGAUUUCCAGCCCAAUCCGAAUCGAACUGCCGAUAUCUUCUCCAUCUUCUCUGCAUGUAUGUCAAAUUCAUUGGUGAGUUCGUGUAGGGGGGUUUGGUGCUUCUGGACAUAACGCAUCCCUGCGUUUGUGACGGCUUUGUUGAGUGGGUGCGCCAUGGGCAGCGUAGCGAGGCGUGCAAUGGCUCGAUGCCGUGUUUUUGUAACUAGGUGGUGGACGGGUAGUAAGUUCGCGUGCGCAUCAAGGGUGUCGGUUGGCGUGGAGGAUAGGGCACCGGUGAUAAGGAUAGCCGCUUUUCGUUGUAUUGAUCGUAGUUUGGGGAGGAUAUCUCGCGUAGCGGAACGACGGGCUCGGGAGGUGGAAGCAUUGAGGAACACGUCGGCUCCGUAUAGCAUUCUUGGCACACACGUCGCCAGGUAUAAUCUUCGGAUCUGCUCUGGGCGUAUGCCCCUCGACGGACGUGCCAGUCUCGACACAGUUGUCAACCAAACCAUCCCUUUCCCUACUGCUGCAGCUCUCUGUUCCUUCCAUCGCAGUUCCCGGUCGAUGUGUAUGCCGAGGAGCUUCACUGAUUUGGCGGACUUAAUCAUGUGUUGGCCUAGCUUGAAGUCCGGUCGUGGCAUGGGCGCGGUCCUCCGUGUUCGGAAGGUGUCCUUCACACGUUUCCGUGUUGCAUCGAGCAAUUGGUACUUUGCCGGUCCAAAGAUGGCGUUGUGGUCCGCUGCCCACUUGUCGAUGCCAUUGGGGCCUUGGAUAAGUCCUCGAAGAGCCCUGUGUGUGUCACGAAAUGAUUUCCCCAUGGUCACAAUUGUUUCGUCGUCGACAAAUGUGACUCCGUGUUCCCCCAUCUCUGGCUGCGGGAUUUUGGCCAAUCCUGCAUUGUAGAUCAUAUAGGAAAUUCCCGAGUGUGGGUCUCCUUGGUCCAGUCCAUUCUUCACUUCGAACGGCUCUGAUACAAAUCCGUCAAACGCAAUGACCGCCUGACGGCCCUUGUAUCGUCGACGCAUCCAGUCUGUGUGUUCUUUGGGGACUCCAGCCAUCCGCAUCUCGUGGAUCAAGACUUCCAAAUCAACGCUUGGAAACGCACCUUUUACAUCCAUGCACAGAACGCUGGCCACCUUUCCUGCCCUCCACGCAUCCUUGAUGACUUUGACGACUGAUUCCUGCUCGCUCUGCUUGGGUGGUGAUAUGUAGGGUCCGCGCGGCGUUUUCGAGGCCUGCGUGUCCUUUGGACAGGACAAUGGGUCGGAAGCUGGCGGCAGCUGUGUAGUCUGUUUUGCCAGGUUUUCUGAGGACAACGCGAAACACGGCGCCCAGCCUUGGGACAAGGAGGUCGGCAUUGUUUUUGUAUACGCAAUUUGGGAUGGAUCCUGGCUGUCGGGCUUUGUAUGGCUUGAGGCGCUUGAUCGUUUGGUAGAGGAUGUCAUCAGUGAGUGGAGACCAUUCAUAUGCCGCCUGGGGGUAUGCUGCUUCGUUGACCGCCGGCGCUGGUGCCGUCUUGUCCGGGAAGAACUCCCUAUGCAGCGCUUUGGCCUUCUCCUUGUUGGUAGUGGCCCUGACAUUUCUCCCGUUGGUGCGUGUGAUCAGGUCUGGGAUUCUCGCACGCCCUCCAUCCGAUGGUGGACCCUCCACCAUUCUCUGGACAUUCCACACAUCUGUUGGGCUCUGUUGAAAAGGCCUUCCUUGCUCUCUGUGCCUUCCGCAGUUUCUUUCGCAACUGGGAUAACUCGUUCGUCCACCAUCUCUUCGAAUUGGGGCAGGGCUUCGUCAUCUGUACGUGCUGGGUUAUGGCCUUCUCCAGUGCAUUGUCAAUGCCUCCAGGGCGGUGCAAAGUGUUUUGCGAAACUCUUCCCAAUCAACUGCAUGCCAAUUGGGUCGCGGGACGAACUCUGCGUACCCAAUCUCAGCCUGGAUGGCGAACUGUACUGGGAAGUGGUCAGUGUUUAUAGGGCGCUGUCCUGGGUUGGUGGUGCAGCGGAUGAACGCUUGAACAAGAGCGUCUGAGCAGAACACAUUGUCAACCCGGGUGUGGUUCUUUGUUCGGUGCGCACGCAGGGUUGGCAGAUCCUUUGGCAGAGCCAUGAACAUCCUGUACCGUCCAAGCAUGGUCAGUAACUUGUUUUGGGUGGUGGCGAUUGAAGUCGCCGGCCCAUAUGUACUGUAUUGGGUGUCCGUUGCGGUUGCGUUGACGUGGGUCAGAGAGGAAUGCGUCCAGGACGUCUAGGGAGUUGUUGUGAUUACAGUCGUUGUAUAUGUUGAUGAUGCGUAGGAUUCCGUCCGGGAGGCGCAGUUCAAUACCAGUGACGUCAUGGGAGGGGAGUGAGAUCUGGGACCAUAUGGACGAGGGGAUGGUGUUGGCGACAAGAAUCACAGAGCGGGUAGCGCCUGUCGAGGUUGCAUGGGGUGUUGGGUAUAUGGUGGUGUAGUGUAAGUUUGCUCGCGAGACUCCUCGAUGGUCGAUAUGGGGUUCUUGAAUCAGAGCAAUGUUGUACGUGUCUGGUGUGAUGGUAUUCACAAAUUGGUUCUGCGCCAGGAGAUUCUUGUUCAUGUUUUGCUGCCAGACAUUGAGUCGUCGUCCACGCCAGUAGGAGUGUGUGUUCUGAUUCAUUGUGUGUUCUCCUGGCUGCCCUGGUGGACAGGUCUGCUUAAUUGCGGUGGCGGGAAUUGUGGCGGGCCCAUGUCUCCAUCCCCUAGCUGGUCGCUCCAUCGGCUGUGCCUGUGGCGUCCGUCAGAUGUCUCGGAGCGGUCUGCUCCUCCUAGCCCGAAUUUAGGCUGAUAUUCAACCGGCGUCAUUUGCUCAAAAUCAUCCUGCGGGGCAAUGCGCUGGAAGUUCAGCGUCGUCUGACGGUACCUGUCUGGUGGGUUGUUUGGAUUUCUGCCACCAAAGGAUCUUGUGGCAGCCGCUGUCAUUGCCGCUGCUUUGAAGGCUGCACUUUGAGAUGGGAUUCCCGGGCGCAAGGCUGUGGGUUGUGGGCGAUUGGCUGCCGUGUUUCCGCCCUGAAAAGUUGCCGCUUGAUCCUCAAGAUCCGGGGCGGGUGCAUCUAGAGUCUCCCAUGAGAGUGGGUCAUCGUGAGUUGGGAAGUACGCGUAACGCGCAUCCGGAUUUCGCUGAAGGGAUCGCUGUAAGGUUGUCGCAAAUAUCGGACAGGUUCGGUCAGCGGCUCCAUGCCCUCUGUGUGACUUUCCAUGUAUGCGGCAGUUUGAGCAGGCACGAUUUGUGUCCUCUGCCUUGCAGUCGCUGGUGCGAUGCAUUUCUCCGCAUCUCGCACAGGUUUCAUGUACAGACUUGCACGUCUUGGCUACGUGGCCAGUGUUGAACAGCUGACAUUUGACGCACCUGACGGGCUCGCUGAGGAGCUUCCUACAGGUCACUUUCUUCCCCUCAAUGAAUAGCCCAUGACGUAUCGCACGAUUUGCUGCAUUUGCAGUCGCGAGACCCAAGAUGACAUGAGCUACCAACUGUCCGUCUUUCCGUCUGGUCGGGUCCUUGAUGUAUUUCGCCGAGGUAAAGUCGCCGCUGUUGUAUCCGUUCCCAUCCUCCAGUUGGGUGAGUCCUGUUUCCGGCUCGAAGGAUACAGGCACAAAGUCAGCCACAACCAUGUAGCUCUUCGGUUGAUGUUUU